AUGGCGUUCUCCCCGAAUAGGGAGCGAUACGACCGGUUCGAGAGGGAUCGGUCACCCCUUGGCGAUCACAUGUGUGCCACAAACUCACCCCCGAAGCAGACACUGGCCGAUCAGUCCCGUGAUCUCGCCAUUAAGGUGCAGAUCCUGACCGAUGAGAAUCGACGUCUCAGUGAAGACAUCCAGGGCCUGAAGGCGGACAACGCAGAGCUGACCACUGCUAACACUCUGAAGGCCAAAGAACAGACCCAAGCGAUCAAUGGUCUGAAGGCGGAGCUGACGACUGUUCGCAAGGAGAAGGAGAAACUGAACGAUGAGGUGAAGGAAAGGAAGAAGUUUCUGGAGUUUUAUAAGAAUAAGAAGGACUCAGAGAUCAAGACUCAAAUCCAGAAGUACGAGAAGGAGUUGUCGGACGAGCGGAAACAGAAACAACAUUUGGAGCAACAGUUGAAAGUGAAGGACGAGGAGAAGAAGAAGCUGACGAACCAAAUGAAGGCUCUCAUGAAGGAUAUGAAGGCCAGCGACAAGUCGGACGAGAAGGAGAAGAAGUACCGGACGUUGUGUUCGGAAUACAAGGCCGUGAAGGAGAAGAACGCGAAACUCAAGACCAAAAUGACUGAAUUGGCGGACAAUGAGAAGGGAUGGAGGGCUAAGCACACGAAAGCCGUCAGAGAUGUAGAGAAAGUUCGCAAAGAGAAGGAAGACUUGGAGAGACGGCUGACCGACGAUAUCACCGCCAGAGAGAAGUCGUUUGACUCGGAUGUGACGGCACUUCGCAAACAGGUUCAGCACUUCCAGAGGUCGUCGGAGCUUAUGAAACGAAGGCUUGAGAAGUCUGAGUAUACGAUGAAGAAAGUGGAGGAAAUGUUUCAGAAAAAUGUGCCCAAUAUUAACAAAUCUGUUGGCGAUAAUACUAAUGUCGUGAUCGACCACUUGUUGGCUAAGAUCACGCAAUAUGUGAACCACAGUCGCACAGAAUUGAAUGAAAAGAAUGACAUCUCAUGUGCGGAUGUGGUUCGAGACAAUUGGACACAAAAAGACACGAUCACUGCCAACGCUAACAGAAUCACGUCCAAUACGAGCGAAGGAAAAAUCCUGUGUCCGGAGUGUCCCCGAUCCUUCAGUGGAACCAUUUUCUUGAAUAAACACAUGAUUGCUAAGCACUCGUCUGAACCGAUGGACACGUCCGCCAUCAUCGACAACAUUGAUAUCUCCGACGAUGAAUAGCCCGAAAUGACUCAACCGUUCAUUUGUUUCACUCUUUAAUGCUCGCAACCAUUUGAUUGUUUUUACGUUUUUUGGAUUUUAUAUUUAAUGACAA